CGCGAACGGGGCCCCUUCUCCACAUCUCCUGUGUACCAGCAACAAACCUCCACUGGUGAUCAGCCUUCACGCGUGUUUGUCUUGUGUGGUGCUGGAGAAGCAGCAGCAGCAGCAGCAGCAGCUUGAGCCUCAGCAGCAGUAACAGUAAUAGUAGCAGCACCUUUUUCUCCAGGAGUGCAGGGGUUUGACUUGUUUUUUUCCUUUUUUUUCCUCCUUCUUCCCUUUUUCCUCCUCUUCUUCUAAUUCAACAAGAAGUCCUGAAGGUUUUGGACGCGUGUGCUUCAGGGAUGUGGGCACUUUGAGAGCAUCAGCAUCAGCAGCAGGAGCAGCAGCAGCAGCAGGAGCAGGAGCCAGGAUCAGGAGCAGCAGCCGCCGCCACCAAAACACACCAGAACCAUCGAUUUAUUUUCCCUGUGAAGAUUCACAAGAAACAACAAAAAAAGGACAAGAACGAGAAAGAAGAAGAAGAAAGAGGAACAAUUGCAACACACAUACAGAGAGCGAGAAAGAGAGAGAGAGAAACAGAGAGAAACAGAGAGAGAGAGAGAGAGAGAGAGUUGAAUUCACUUUUCCAGUGUGUGGAUACAUGCGCUCUAACUAAGUGCAGCACUUUGAGAAUUGCUCACAUCGGACGGACUGAAGAGGAAGAGCAGACCUGUGUGUGGACCGGGACUUUUCGGGCAGAGCAAAAAACACACAAAAACCCUGAAGGAUAACACACACUUUUACUUAGAAUAACACGCACGCAUACACGCGCGCACAUACAUAGACACGCAUACACGCGCGGACGCUUGGACCUUUUUAUUUUUCCCUCCCCACAACACACACACUCACACAUAUACAAACACAAACACACACAAACACACUACCACUAAUAAUUUUUCGCAGGAGGCUCAAAUGUUUGGGAUUCAGGAAACUAUACCGCGCGGUGGGACGACGAUGAAGGAGGAACCGCUGGGUGGACUGAACUCAGUCCGCUCCUGGAUGCACACAGCUGGGGUGGUGGACGCAAACACAGCCGCGCAAAGUGGUGUCGGCUUGGCGCGGGCACAUUAUGAAAAGCAGCCCCCUUCCAACCUCAGAAAAUCCAAUUUUUUCCAUUUCGUGCUGGCGCUGUAUGACAGACAGGGUCAGCCCGUGGAGAUCGAGAGGACAGCGUUUGUGGACUUUGUGGAGAAGGAAAAAGAGCCAACCAGUGAAAAAACUAACAAUGGGAUUCAUUACAAACUACAGUUAUUGUACAGCAACGGCGUCAGAACAGAACAGGAUCUUUACAUACGGUUAAUCGAUUCCAUGACGAAGCAGGCCAUAAUCUAUGAGGGCCAGGACAAGAAUCCAGAAAUGUGCAGAGUUCUCCUCACCCACGAAAUCAUGUGCAGCCGAUGCUGUGACAAGAAAAGCUGUGGAAACAGGAACGAGACUCCGUCAGACCCUGUGAUCAUCGACAGGUAGGCCCCUCCAUGUUUGUG